GAGAGUACCGACCGACUCCUCGUCCGAUUCCAUUACUCUCUCUUUUUCUCUUCUCCCGUGUCUGCGAAGGCUGGUCUUCUGAGGGAUGGACGCGUGCACGCCGUCUCAGCGCUGCCAGGGGCGGCGGUAGUCGCGGAACCGGGACUGUAACAGUGGAGAGAAGGCAAAAAGGAGCGAUUGUUUCAUCACCUAGGCGCCUAAAGUUGCCUCCUUUGAUGCUCUGUGCUCAGUUUCUGUUCUGGUGGAUCUCUGCGUCGUUUCCACUCGGUUUCGGUCGCUUGUUUCUUUUCUUCUCUUCCUAUUGCCUUUGUAGCUUCACUGGAGUUUUUGGUGGACUGGCGGCUGCGGGUUUCGGAGGUUGGCUAUGUCGUCGGUGCAGAGGGAGAGGAAGACGGCGCUUGUAUUAGGCAUUAGUCGAGAAAGAAUCACCUUUUGUUGAUUCUGAUCUCGAACAAGCUUCGGUUCGUCGUCCAAGUAUCGCUUGCUUUUGUGGUUAUUGUUGUCGCGUGUGAGAAAAAAGAAUCAAUUUUUGGGCGGUUUCGCUCAUCAUCUUGCCGUUGGUGGAGAAAGACGCCGAAUCGGCGUUCACUCUGUACAUCCUCGGGAGAGUGUGCUGCGUUCGUUUUGAUUCGGCCUUCGGUUUCACUUUCGGUGACGAGCUGAAGCGCGCAAAGACGAAAUUUUGGCGUCGGAUCUUCUCGUCCUCUUUGUCUGGGCGCAAAGACGAAAUGGGGGAGUUCACUUUCGUUUUGAUUGCAUGAUUUCUCAUUCAUCUUUAAUCGAUAAGCUUCAUCUCUCUGAGACGGUACUCAGGACACCAUUCUUCUGUUCUUAGCAAGCACGAUGCCUGAUUCAAAAUUUCUGUUCUUGAUCUAUAUAACUAAGAGAAAGGCAAUUAGUAUCACAUACGCCCUUGUGAAAGACGACUUGGGAAUACAAACUUGCGUUCUUGUGCUGCUUGUGAUGAUGGGGGUGCUAUUAGUUGAAGACAUGGUGUGUCCUGGUGGCUCAAAUUAUGUGCAGGGUGAGAGGAAUGUUGGUUACGGUGGCUUCCACCAGGUUUCAGCGGGCGAACACAUAAUGGGAGAGGGAGAUCCGGUUGACCUGCCACCAGAACAAUUUGCUGAGGCUGGUGAUGAACAUAGUGAUGAUGAUAUUGAUAUAGAAGAACUUGAAUGGCGCAUGUGGAGAGACCAGCUGCGGCUGAAACGCUUGAAGGAGAAGCAACAGAGCAAGAACAAGGUGCAGACUGAUGCAGCAAGACAGCAGUCACAGAAACAGGCCUGCCAGAAGAAGAUGUCUCAGGCACAAGAUGGGAUUCUCAAGUACAUGCUGAAGAUGAUGGAGGUGUGCAAGGCUCAGGGCUUCGUCUAUGGUAUAAUUCCGGAGAAGGGCAAGCCCGUCAGUGGUGCUUCCGAUAACCUCAGAGGUUGGUGGAAAGACAAGGUCAGGUUUGAUCAGAACGGGCCUGCUGCUAUAGCCAAGUACCAGGUUGAUAAUGCUGUACCUGGAUCUAACAGUGAUGUCAACACGGAGACUGUGGGUCCUCAUUCAUUGAUGGAGCUUCAGGACACAACGUUGGGUUCUCUCUUGUCUGCUCUUAUGCAGCACUGUGAUCCACCACAGCGGCGGUUUCCCCUUGAGAAAGGAAUCCCGCCCCCAUGGUGGCCUACUGGGAGAGAGGAGUGGUGGCGCAAACUGGACAUCCCUAUGGAACAUGGCCUACCGCCGUACAAGAAGCCACAUGAUCUGAAGAAGUCUUGGAAGGUUGCGGUCUUGAUGGUGGUAAUCAAGCACAUGUCUCCUGACAUUGAGAGGAUCCGUAGGCUUGUUCGGCAGUCCAAGUGCCUCCAAGACAAGAUGACUGCCAAGGAGAGCACAACAUGGCUUGCUGUCAUCAAGCAGGAGGAGGACAUGUACAUGAAGCUGCACACAGAUGCAUGCGCACCCCAAUCCGCUGGCCGUGGUGUCUCAGGAGCCAUCUCCUUCGACAACAACAGCAGCGAGUAUGAUCACACAGGCAUUUACAAAGUUAAAGGUGAGGGUGUGGCAAACUACAAGCUGGCUCGUGCUGCUAAUGCCUUUAAUUUAAGAGCUUGUACAGGGGAUGUGAUGCUUAUUAGAUCUGCUCCGAUGAAGGGAGAGAAAGAUGUAGGGUUCAUUCAGAAAAGAACUUCCAGGGAGUCUGAACUGAUGAUGAACCAGCGGAUCUAUACCUGCGAUAAUGCGCUAUGCCCACACAACGAUUUCCGCAAUGGAUUUCUUGACAGGAAUGCCAGGAACAGUCACCGUUCUGUCUGUAAGUAUCAUAACACUCUUCCUACAGGUAUUGGGAUGAUGAGCAAUGGCUUCCAGGUGCUUGGCAACAAGCCUUCAGUUAAUCCAGUCAAGAUAUCUGAACUCGGUAUUCCUUCUGAUGGGCAAAAAUUGAUUAAUGAGUUAACGAACUUCUAUGAUAUCAGUAUCAAUGCUAGUAAGAACUCCAGCUCAGGAGAUGUGACCAUGUUGGAAGGAUCAAAUUCUCUUCAGAUGGAAGACAGCUUCUUUGAUCGCAGUCUAUUCGAAGAGGUCAGUGGUGUGGUAGAGCGAUCGCUGCCAAUCGAACAAGAACCAAGUGGCCAUCCCAUUGAAGCUAGUGGGGGUAUCAGGAUUAGGUCUGGCUUCAACAUGCUUGGAAUGGAUUACUCUGAUGCCUUGCAUGGGGGAACAAAGCAAGAUGGAUUUAGCUGGUUCUGCUGAAAUGAAAUGGUGGAGACACCAUGUUUGAUCAUUUCCUUAAAAUGGUGGAGUCGCGGCAACAGCAGCAGAUUAGAUUUCCGAGAAUAAAAAGAACCUUGAAUUUGGCUUAGGGUGGUCUUCCCUUAUCUCGAUAUGUAAAUUUUUUUCCUUGUUAUAUAUAUUGGAUAGAUAUUUAUAUGUGGAGUGCGCUACUCAAGACUUGGUUGCAUGUAUAGAAUGUGCAGUUUGUAUUAGUUUUGAGAACUCAUGAAUGGAUACUUUGAUGUUUAGACUGUCA